AUGCCUCCACAAAUCAGUAAAUUGACAUGUCUGCGAACACUGUCUCAUCUAAUUGUGGGAGAAGCAAGUUGCUCUGGAGUAAAGGAGUUGGGGCCUUUAUUUCAUCUUCAAGGGACACUCUGUAUUUCAAGAUUGGAGAAUGUGAUUGAACCUAGGGAUGCAAAGGACGCUAAGUUAAUUGAAAAGUUUGGCCUUGAUGGCUUGUUAUUGGAAUGGAGUGACAACUUGAACGAGUCAAAAGACAAAACAAGUGAAUUAGAUAUACUGAGCAUGCUACACCCGGGAGGCACUUUGAAAGAGCUCAUUAUCAGGCGUUAUGGUGGUGUAAGAUUUCCAUCUUUGCUACGAUAUUCCUCAUUUCCUAAUAUGGUGCUUUUAAGGAUUGAAAAUUGUAAAAAAUGCACAUCAUUGCCACCAAUUGGGCAAUUACCAUCACUCAAAGACCUUUGGAUCGAAGGCAUGGAUAGCAUGAAGAAUAUAGAUGCAGAGUUUUAUGGGAAAAAUUGCCAACAAACUUUUAGAUCCUUGGUGACACUGUAUUUCAAGGGGAUGGGAGGAUGGGAGAACUGGAUUUCUUAUGGAGAAUUCCCACACCUGCAAAAUCUUUUUAUAGGAGAUUGUCCCAAGCUUUUGGGAAAGUUACCUAACCACCUUCCCUUACUAGAGAAAGUUGCAGAGGAUUUAGCCACUUUCAAGUGCAAGGAGUUGGCACAUUUGUGGACAGAUGAUGUGGGAUCACUGCCACAGCUCCCAUGUCUUCGUGUUUUGAAGAUUGAGGGUUGUACCAAACUAGCUUCUUUGGUGGCAGAAGAAGUAGAAGAGCAGCUGCAACUUGGAAUGCCAUCAAUGGUCAGAGAAAUCAAGAUCCAGAAUUGCAUUGUCCUAGAAUCCUUACCCAAGGCAAUGAUGUACAACAACACAUGUCUGGAGUACAUUCAAAUUGUAAAAUGCAAUUCCCUACUUUACUUUGCAAAAGUCCAGCUACCACCAACUCUAAAGCGGCUAGAGAUAGUACAUUGCAAGAAUAUGCUGGUUUUGCUUAAUGGGGAUAACACUAGCUGCAGCAGCUCUGGCAGCAGCAGCAACAACACUUCUCUUCUCGAGUACUUGUAUAUUGAAAAUUGUCCAUCCCUUAAAUCCUUGACCUCAAGCGGAGAAUUACCUUACAAAAACUUUGAAAAGUUUUCAAAGUUUUGGUUUUUAGUCGCGAAAACAAACGAGAAUGCUAUUGUCAAAAGUUGGAGACAAUUGCAAAGAGAGGAAGAGUUGCUCACUGCCAACCUGAGAUUGCUUCAAAUUUCUAGCUGUGAGAAAAUGCAGGCCUUACUCAAUUGCAUACACCGCCUCACCUCUCUUCAAGAAUUGCAAAUAAAGGCAUGUCCAGGAAUUCUGUUCUUUCCCGAAGAAGGAUUUCCCAUCAACCUAAGAUCACUUGUGAUAUCUGAUCUCAACAUCACUGAGGCCUUGUUUGAGUGGGGGUUGCAUCGGCUUACAUCUCUUAGCCGACUUGUCAUUAGUGGUGGAUGUCAGCACCUGACGUCCUUUCCAGAGAAGAAACUGCCAGCUGACUCUCUAACCAACCUCACUAUUGAACGCUUCCCGAACUUGGAAACCCUGUCUUCCGAAGGUUUUCGAAGCCUCACCUCUCUUGAGUAG